AUGAACGAGCCUAUCCAGCACGUUCCUGCCCCUUGGGACUUGAAAGGGACGUCCUACUUCUUCAUGUUCUGGAUUCCAUCGUCGCAGGCAAAGGAGUUUCCAACGGACAUUGCGUUUUCCCCACUUGAGGCCCAGUCCUCUUUCGCGCGCUCCUCAGACUCAGGAUCGCCACAGGGAGGGAUCGGCACAAUCCAGAUCCACCGAUAUUCUUCUAGUCCCGUGGGGCCUUACGACGAGUUCAUCUUAUCAACUGGAGAGUACUCUUAUCAGGUAGAGGAGCAUGGUAAACGCAAGGAGAAGCAGAACAUGCGAAUCACUCGUAUCUACGUGUCGCAGAAGACGACAUGCUGGAAUGGUCGUAAAGAUUGGAGCAUCCCAAAGCAUCUUGCUCGAUUUGAGUUCAAUGAACUAGCUGGUGGUGGUACAGAGAUCAAGAUCUUCCCACAAGAUACGACAGGCGACGUUGCGGAGGCAGUGGCCGACAAAAAGUCUUUCUUCCGCACUGUGUACAAGCCGGUCAACUACUUGCCCAGUUUCCCGCUGACGACAUCGCUGGUCAAGUUUCUUGGAGUUGACUUGACCCUCGUACAGCCUCCUUUGCCAGAGGGCAACGGCAGCCAAGGGGAGCUCGUCGGUACCGACCGAUGGUGCAAGUUCUUUCCAACGAUUUCAAGCUCAAAGACGGAGAUUGGCUGGUUUGACAUGAGACAGGAAGAGCAUGCGAAGGAGGCGAACUUCUGGCCGGGCCUCGGACGAUGGAGGCUCGGGAUGAUGAUGAAGAAUUCUGACAUUUCAUUUGGGGGCAUGCAGUACUGGGAUACGCCGCGAUCGGCGCAAUAA